CUGGCAUGUCAAUCCCCCAUCAAGGUCAGCUCCUUCUGAAGAAAGUGAGUUUGAAACAGCAGGUGACCGUGUCCAAUCACACCUCAGAGAGGGGGCAGACCGGCAGACAGCAGGAGCGCAUGUUCACUGUGGUCCUCCAAUGGGAGGAGAGCUCUCUGCUUCCAUCCAGAGCUUCCCGGCCCAGUGGUGAUGUAAUGUCAUGAAUAUUGCAGCAGGCUGCCUGCUGUCGGGGAGGCGCUCUACUCAGCAUCUCCUCUUCCUCUCCAUCACUGCUACCCUUCAGCAUUUGACAGAAGGGAAAAAAAACAUCACAAUUGCUCCCAGGUCUAAUUGGUGACGGAUCGGAAUCACUGGCGGUCAGAAUGGAUGUUUUUGAAGGGGAGCUGAGUCUUUGACACCGUGAUGAACCCGGCAUCUUCCGACACUCCCCGGCAGCCAGACAAUAGCAGCCGGAAGCAACAGCGCUCUUCCUCUCCAGCUAAGGAGAGUGGAUGUAAAAGUGGACAGAAAGGCAACAAUUCGGCAAAACCCAAGCAGGGAGGAGGUGGAGGAGGAGGAGGAGCAAGAGGCAGUCGAGGUCAUUCUCCUGUUUCUGCGGGCAGGGAGCGGCAGGCCGGGGGCGCUCCCGCCAGCAGAGGCGCGGUCGCUGUCCACGCCGCCGGUGCUGAAAGCCCCACGCAGAGCAGGCCGGCGCAGGAAGCCACCGACAACCCCCUUACCCAGAGAGCAGAUCCGAGCCGGGUUGUCUCAGACCAGCCCUGCGCAUCCAAAUCCCCCAAACUGAAGAGCAAAAACCCGAAAGUAGGAGGAGGAGGAGGAGGAGGAGGAGAGGCCAGCGGGGCGAAGAAGAGCAGCAAGAGCGCAGUGGGCUGCGGACCCGGGUUCUGGAAGGAAGGAUGCUUGCAAACCGAGCUGAUACAGUUCCACUUGAAUAAGAGCUUGGGGAAGAAGGGGACGAAGAUGCAGGCCAAGUCUGCAUCCCCACCGGCUUCAGAGCCGGAGCUGUCUCCGGAACCAGACAGCCCAAAGCGGGAGCCUCAACCGGACCAGAACCUGCAGGACGAGAUCGAACGGCUGGAGGACGAAAACGAUGAUCUGAAGACUGAAAUCGAGGAGAUGCGGGCAGAGAUGGAUGAGAUGAGGGACACUUUCUAUGAGGAGGACGCAUGCCAGCUGCAGGACAUGCGCAGAGAGCUGGAGAGAGCCAACAAGAACUGUAGGAUCCUUCAAUACCGGCUGAAGAAGGCCGAGAGAAAGAGGCUCCGGUUCACAGAAACCGGCCAAGUGGAUGGAGAACUGCUCAGAAGUCUCGAGCAAGACCUGAAGGUGGCGAAGGAUGUGUCCGUGCGCUUGCACCAUGAGCUGGAGAAUGUGGAGGAGAAACGGACAAAGACAGAGGAGCAGAAUGAGAAACUAAGACAGGCGCUGAUUGAGGUGGAAGUCACCAAACAGGCUCUGCAGAAUGAGCUUGAUAAGGCCAAAGAGCUCUCGCUGAAAAGGAAAGGGAGUAAAGAUGGACAGAGAGUAGAAAGGAGGAUGCCACAGACUCCAGUGGAGGAGGAAAACGAGGAUCUGAAAUGCCAGCUGGCCUUCAUCAAAGAAGAGGCCGUUCUCAUGAGGAAGAAGAUGGCAAAGAUCGACAAAGAGAAGGAUCGGCUCGAGCACGAGCUCCAAAAGUACAGGUCCUUCUACGGAGACGUGGACAGCCCUCUGCCUAAAGGCGAAGCCGGGGGGCCCCCCACCACCCGGGAAUCCGAGCUGAAGCUUCGUCUGCGCCUCGUGGAGGAGGAGGCAAACAUCCUGGGGAGGAAGAUUGUGGAGUUGGAGGUAGAGAACAGGGGACUGAAGGCUGAACUGGAUGACAUGAGAGAGGAAAGUCUGGCAGCAGCAGGAGUGGAUGGUUCCAGCGCUGGAGGUCAUCAGAGUAGAGAGCAAAGCGAGGCUCUGUCUGAGCUGAGGCAGCAGCUGCAGCUGGUGGAAGAUGAGGCCGAACUUCUCCGCAGGAACUUAGCAGAUGUAGAGGAGGAGAACAAAAAGGUGACAAGUGAGCUGAAUAAACUCAAGUACAAGGCUGGGUCUCAUGAGGCCGGGUCAAGACAUGGAGGAGGAGGCGAUCCUGCUAAAAUGGAGGCCCUCCAGGAGGAGCUGAAAGCAGCACGUCUGCAGGUCAACGAGCUGAGUGGAAAGGUCAUGCAGCUCCAGUAUGAGAACCGGGUGCUGCUCUCCAACAUGCAGCGCUACGACCUCGCCUCCCACCUGGGGAUCCGCGGCAGUCCUCGUGACAGUGACGCAGAGAGCGAUGGGGGGCGGGAAGACGACACUCCCAUGGCCUCCGCAUCCUCUCCUCGCCUCCUUCCCCCUCACCGAAAACGCGAGGGCCCCAUUGGGGGGGAGAGCGAUUCGGAUGAGGUGAGGAACAUUCGCUGCCUCACCCCGACGCGUUCCCUUUACUCACCCGUAGACAGCCGUUUUUUAUCCAGAAGCCUGAAGGACCGGCAAAACUUGAUAGACAUCCGCAUUGAGGCGGAGAGGCUGGGCCGGACCAUUGACAGGCUCAUCGCUGACACCAGCACUAUCAUCGCCGAGGCUCGAGUAUACGUCACUAACGGGGAGCUCUAUGCCAGGCUGGAUGAGGAUGAAGAGGGGGGCAGGAUCAGAGAGCACGAGCUGUUGUAUCGUAUCAACGCUCAGAUGAAAGCCUUCAGGAAGGAGCUGCAGAACUUCAUAGACCGCUUGGAUGUCCCUAAGCAGGAGGAUAAACAAGCAGAGGAGCCUCUGUCUAUGUUUCAGCCCAUCAUUUUACUGAUCCUCAUUCUGGUUCUGUUUUCCUCCCUGUCUUAUGCCACCAUUUUUAAAUUAGUCUUUCUUUUCACCCUGUUCUUCGUUCUGUAAAGCACUUCAUGAUAUGCACAAAUUGUUUCUUUUUCAAAUCUUUUGUUUUUUUAUUCAUUCAUUUCAGUUUUGUUGUAGAAAACAUAUUUUGCAUCAAGGUACUGGACAUUUACAUUUUCCAAAUAUGACUCAAGUAACGCAGCUGCUUGGAUGCUUUCAACAAUUAUUGGCCAUGGCAUCAUCUGGGGGCAAGAGUGAAG